AUUUAGGUAUUUUCCUAUUCAAACAGAUAGGAGUUGAUUUUGCAUUAGCAAAACAGCUGCUUGCAGGCGAGGAUAAUAUGGCCACCGAGUGAACCGACUGUACAAGAAACGGACUUUAUCUACAGAGACGCCGCAGAGAGCAGAUGAACGGGUCAGUCGGGCCAAUGCGUGUGUUGGUGACGGGCGGCAGUGGGCUGGUGGGGCGAGCGAUAGAACGGGUGGUGAAAGAGGAGGGCGGAGGGAGAGAAGGAGAAACAUGGAUAUUCCUGUCGUCCAAAGAGACCAAUCUUGUGAGCGCUGAAGAGACGAGAGCAGCCUUCGAGAGACAUCGUCCGACGCACGUCAUUCAUUUGGCCGCAAUGGUUGGAGGUCUCUACAGAAACAUGAGACAGAACCUGGACUUCUGGAGGAAUAAUGUGCACAUCAAUGACAACGUGCUGCACACGUCUCAGGAGUUCGGCGUGGUGAAGGUCGUUUCCUGUCUGUCUACGUGUGUUUUUCCAGAUAAAACCACCUACCCUAUAGAUGAGACUGUGAUGCACAGCGGUCCCCCGCAUGAGUCGAAUUACGGUUAUGCGUAUGCCAAACGCAUGAUUGACGUCCACAACAGGGCGUUAUUUCAGCAGUACGGUUUGAAAUACACAGCCGUCAUCCCCACCAACAUGUUCGGACCCCAUGAUAACUACAACAUUGAGGACGGUCACGUGAUGCCAGGACUGAUCCACAAGACGUACCUGGCCAAGAAGGAAGGUAAACCUCUGCAGGUCUGGGGUUCGGGUCGUGCUCUGCGUCAGUUCAUCUAUUCUCUGGAUCUGGCUCGUCUGUUUCUGUGGGUUCUGAGGGAGUACGACGAGGUGGAGCCCAUCAUUCUCUCAGUCGGGGAGGAGGAUGAGUUGACUGUAAAGGAGGCUGUGGAUGCUGUGGUUGAAGGAUUCGGGUUCGAAGGGGAAGUUAUUUAUGACACUAGUAAAUCAGACGGUCAGAUCAAGAAAACCGCCAAUAACGGCAAACUACGCAAAUACCUACCAGACUUCAAGUUCACACCGUUCAAACAAGCCGUCAAGGAGACGUGUGAUUGGUUUGCGGCCAAUUAUGACUCCGCCCGUAAAUAAAGAUCUAACAUCUGAUUGGCUGUGAAGAGUUUGAACGCCGUUCGAUGCUGGAAAACCAAACCCAAGUCUGAUCAGACACUUCCUUAAAUAUAAGGAAGACAAAAUCGUUGGACACCGCCACUGAAGAUCAACUUUAAUGUUUUUCUCAAUGUGCAAUCACUAAUUCCAUCUUAAACGCCUCUGAUUGGCCACUGUGUUCAUGAAAUCAACAGAUAUAUCUAUGACUGGCUGCAUUUCUCAACACUACGAAAGCAUUGACGGGGUUGUUUAUACGUGUAUGACGUAGGAAACUGUGACA